ACAAGCCUUCCCCAUAUAUGUUUUUAGGUGGGUUAUCAAUAUCUCGCGUUAUAUCUAUUUUUGGGAUCGUCCUUAACGAAGAUGGAGAACUCUUAAUUGAAAGAAGGAUGUCUCUUUUAUAGGAUACCUCUACUAGGAACUUUACAUAUUGAGGAAUAGAUACAUGUGGUUCUGGAGACAUGUAUAUAGGAGAAGCAUAUAUAUGCACUUUUCCUAAUAUAUGCUUUUAUCAAGCAGCAUGAGAAAUGGAGAACUGAUAAACAAGGUAAAGACCUUUGAACUGAAAUUGCUAGUUCCCCAGACCCCAGAGUCUUCUGCCUAGUUUGGCAUCACUAAAGGGAUAGUGACUGGGGCAAAAACUAAUAUUUUUGACACUGACUGGGGCAAAAACUAAUAUUUUUGACACUGACUGGGGCAAAUACUAUACAUGAUGUAAGCCGAAAAUAAGCCGGCUGAGGAACACCCCUCAUAUGACAUUUGGCAUUACCCAAGCUCCAAAUUAUGUAUCUGCCUCGGACAGAUUCUACUUCAUCAUCUCCAGCAAAAUAUAAAGUAUGGCGUGCAUAAGCUUAAUCUUGGUCAGGUUUGUCAUCCUCGUCCUCGCCGUUGUUGCAUCUCUCGGCGUCGGCGCCGCUGCCGCAGUUGGCAAGCAGGACAAGUUCCUGGCUCCAGUGCAUCCUUCCUGCUCGACCAGUGGCAACUACACCGAUGGCAGCCAGUUCAAGAAGAACCUCGACGAGCUCCUCGCCGCCCUCCCCGCGGCCGCCAGCAGGAACGACGGGUUCUACAUCGGCACUGUGGGGGACUCGGGAUCUCCCGACCAGGUCUUCACCCUCAUCAUGUGCUAUGCCGACCACGACGCGGCGGAGUGCCUGGAAUGCCUCACCGGAGCGCCGGCGGGGAUCAUGGCCUUGUGCCCUGGCAGCCGGGACGUGCGCGCGGCAUACGAUGCGUGCAUACUCCGGUACUCCCCGGUGUCGCCCUUUGCAUCCACGGCCGACCUCGAGAUCCCUUUCUACGUGAAGUACACCGCUCCCAUCCUAGUUGAUCCGGUGGCCAUGGCCAGGGCGUGGCUUCCGCUGAUGGCCGACCUCACGGGACAGGCCGCUGGGUCGCUGGCGCGGGCAGCGAGUGGGAGCACACCGUACGAUGCUUCGUGGCGGGUGUUCGGGCUGGCGCAGUGCACGAGGAACCUCAACGCGAGCGAGUGCAGCCGGUGCCUCUCCUCCUUGGUCGGCAAACUGCCGGAGCUGUUCCAGAACGAGACCGGUGGCGCCGUCAAGGCAUACAGCUGCUACGUGCACUACCAGAUCGGCCCCUUUGAGAUAACCCUUCCACCUGCAUCAGAACCACCGCCGCAGUCGUCUCCAAAGCCCGGAGAAGCAUCGUCUUCUUCAAGAACAAGGCUCCUGAUCGGCAGCUCCAUUGGUACCGUGUCGUUCUUGAUCAUUCUGGUUGGUGUCUUGGUCUGUCUCCUUGUCCGACGACGGCAAAAGCACCCAAUCACUGCCAAUAAGCAGGCAAAGGGGCAAGAGCCGGAAGAUGGCAAAUUCUCCGACGGCGACGACCCAGCCAUGGAAGACGACUUCGAGAAAGGGACUGGGCCCAAGAGAUUUCGCUACGUUGAGCUGGCCAUCGCAACCGACAACUUCUCUGACGAGAAGAAGCUCGGGGAAGGAGGUUUCGGCUCCGUGUACAGAGGGUACCUCAAGGAGUCGAACCUUGAGGUGGCCAUCAAGAGAGUAUCCAAAGGUUCCAAGCAAGGGAAGAAAGAGUAUGCUUCCGAGGUGACAAUUAUAAGCAGACUCCGGCACCGAAACCUGGUGCAGCUCAUCGGCUGGUGCCACGGCGGUGGCGAGCUGCUCCUUGUCUACGAGCUGAUGCCCAAGGGCAGCCUUGACACGCACCUCUACGGCGGCAAGAACGCAGCCGUGCUGCCAUGGCCGGUCAGGCAUGAGAUCGUGCUUGGACUGGGCUCUGCCCUCCUGUAUCUUCACCAAGAGUGGGAGCAGUGCGUCCUGCACAGAGACAUCAAACCAAGCAACAUCAUGCUGGACGCCUCCUUUGCUGCCAAGCUCGGCGACUUCGGGCUUGCCAGGCUCGUUGACCAUGGCCGAGGCUCGCACACCACGGUGCUCGCCGGCACGAUGGGAUACAUGGACCCGGAAUGCAUGACCACCGGCCGGACCAGCGCCGAGUCGGACGUGUACAGCUUCGGUGUCGUGCUCCUCGAGAUUGCCUGCGGCAGGCGGCCUCUGGCAGUGGCAGAAGAGGAGCAGAUGGCCCACCUGGCUCAGCGGGUCUGGGCAUCAUACGGCGUGGGAAGGGUUCUUGAUGCCGCUGACGCGCGGCUGGAGGGGGAGUUUGACGCCGAGGAGGUGGAGCGUGUGAUGGUCGUCGGGCUCUGGUGCGCGCACCCUGACCGGAGCCUCAGGCCGUCCAUCAGGCAGGCCGUCGGUGUGCUGCGGCGCGAGCAGCCUCUGCCGACCCUACCGGAGAGGAUGCCGGUGGCAACUUUCUUGUACGUGCCCCUACUGGUUGAUGGUUCAAGUUCCACGUUGUCUACUGGUGUCACCGGCGCUGGCGGCAGUGGCAGCAGCGGAACUGACACGACGGCGGAGAAGUCGAUGUCGAUGCGAAGCAACACGGUAGUGGAUGGACAAAUCACUGGACGCUAAAUGUUGUAAAGGGACAAAUUGAUACGCUCAGUUUGCUAACACGAAGUAAUUUGUUAAUUAUCCUAAUUUCUGAUUAUUCCAUUAAAAUUGAGCUAUUGUGAUAGUAAAAAACUGUCUCAUUAAAUUCAGUUAAUCAUCAGAACGGCUUAUACUUUCUUUGCAGUUUCUUUCAUUCUCUACCCGCAAAUGGGGUGCAUACCAGUGGAGUCAAAGCUUUGUAGAUUUGGCUUUGACUCAGCUCGUUUUCAAAACAAAUGAGCUCAAUUUGAUUUGAGCUUGUGGUCGAGCUGCAGAGUCUGACUCGUACUUGGUUUCUACUUACAUCAAGCCUCUAAAAUAUCUUAUAUUUGUUUACAGAGGAAGUACUAACGAUGUUGAUGCUGUUUCGAGCCAUUUUCAAGCUAGAUGAAAAAAAACAUGAUCCUCUUGUCAUAAUAUAAAUCUUGUUAGCAUAAAAUAAUUUAAGAAGUUCAUAGCAUAAGCAAUGUUGGUCAACAUUGGGUGUUCAGAAUUCUUAGCACCAAUUCAAACUGGUGAUAACCAUUGGAAGAUGUAGGAGCGACUCAAAGUUGAUUAAGUACAGGGCGUAAAAUGUGAAUGUGUGUAGUCAUAUAUUCUUAUUUUUACCCAUCGUGCCUUUUUUAUUUUUUACAUGUGUACCCCAGUUUAACACUUGUUUUGUACUUAAACUUUAAUAAAUACUAGAAAGGCUGGGCGCGCUUUGCCGCGCCGUUAGUGUUGUUGGGUUUCUUAAAAACAUGACCCACUUUGUUCCAAAUAUAAGGUGUAUUGCAUUUUUUGAAAGUCAAAUCUUUUUAAGUUGGAUCAAAUUUGUAGAGAAAUAUAUCAAAAUCCAU